AUGUCCAUUGCGGAUCGGGCUAGAGAGGUGGAGGUUGGUUUCGAGCUUUGGAGAAACUCCUUGGAGCCCGGUUCUCCGGCAGUCGAGGAGGCCGAAAAUCAAUUAUUCCGGUUUAACUUGUGGACGUCGAACAAUUUUAUUUUUGAGCGCACACAGGAUCCCACUCCGCCCGAGGUGAUCGAGGAGACGCUAGAUCAACUAUUCAGGUUCUCCAGGGCAGUUCGACGAUCGGGGAUCCUUCAUAGAUUCAUCAAGAUUGCAAAUUAUGUGGAAUACAGUCCGGAAGGUAUAAACCUAACAGAGGAAUUUCGCAAAGCCGCGACCCAACUUGUCGAACACCACCUGAAAACAUCGGCUGCUACACCUAAUCUUCGAGAGAGACUCAUAGAAACGAUUUGCCUUCGCCAGCAAAACUUCUCCUACCUGAAAUCUCGAAAGUCACGAGUGGCACAGGACCUGUCUGCCCCAAAUGAGAAAGUGUCCUCUUCUUCAGCACGCUCGGUUCUUUCAACCACAUUCAGCUUAGGGGGCUCUAUACCCAGAAGUCCCCGAAAAAAAAGCGUGCAAAUUCAACACGCUCAGAAAUUAGAGCAUUCAAUAUUAUCAGCCACAACAGUGCAAUACACCGGUGCACCUUUGGAGCAAUCAGUUCAGACCUCAAUCAACUACCACGUUCCCGAGAUCAAGGAUGAGGAUGCAAACCUCCCAAAGCCGCCAGUUGUCCCAUUAGGACAAAAGGAGUGGGAAUGUCCUUACUGUUUGCUUUUGUAUCCAGUCAAAGAGUUCAGCGGUGAGCUCUGGAGGAAACAUAUUAUAGGGGACACUAUGCCUUACAUUUGUAUUUUGGAAACCUGUCCAACCCCCAACACCCUUUUCAAAUCGAGCAAAGAUUGGAUGACACACAUGAGAAAGGAACACGUUUCUCCUGGGAACUGGACUUGUAUGGACUCGGCUCACGAGAGCCCCUGUCUGUAUGAGAGCAGAUCCGAGUUUCAAGAUCAUAUGUUUAAGUUUCAUGCAGAUCAAUUCGAUGAGUCCGACCUUGAGGAUCUCCUGGAUGCUUGCUAUGAAAGCAAACCCGGCAAUCUGAGCCUUUCAAGAUGUCCCUUUUGCGACGAAGACGAUCAACCGACUUUGAAUACAGAGGAUUUCUUCUUCCACGUGGCCCAUCAUUUACUUUCUUUUUCGCGAAUCUCACUGGAGGGGUAUUUUCAAGAGGCGAUUGGAACAUCGGAUGUCUCUGGCUCAUUGGAUGAGACAACUCAUGACGAAGGCCAAGAGCUGACGGGGACUAUUAAAGAGGGACUUGAGACGCAUCUGCAAGACUUCAGUGGAGAUGAAUGCGAUGAUUUGGAGUCCCUAUCCACUGUUCUCGCGCUAGGCAUACCCCCCGAAACCGAAAACGAGCAGUGGGACUUUUACAGGCAGGUCAAGGAAGUACCAGACCACGAUCAAACCACGGAUCCCAUUCUCAGUGCUUUUGUGGGAAAUAUGAAAAACGUUCAAGUGGGCAAUCUCUUGAAGGGCGGCACCUGGGAUCAAUUCUACCAAGUCCCGAAGCAAGUGAUACAAAAAAUGUCGAAAACUGAAAUCGCGCGCCAGAACACUUUGCACGAGAUUGUCGUCACAGAACAUCGCUAUCUUGACCAGUUAGAUGUUGUUCGAACGCUUUACAUAGAUCACUUGGUUCAAGUUCACUCUAACAUUCUUUCCGACCACCGCAAGAUGGACUUUGCGAAGCGAGUCUUUGGUGGCAUUGAUGCAGUUCAAGUUGUCAACGAAGAAUUCAUGUUCAAGCCACUUGUUGACUGCCAGAAGCGACAAGGGCCAUUCAUCGUUGGCUUUGGCAGCAUUUUCUGCGAUUGGAUUGCCAAAGCAAGACAGUCAUAUUUGGACUACAGUGCUGCAUUCCCACAAGCGAGCAAUAUGGUUCGCAAAGAAGCAGCGAGUAAUCCACAAUUCAAAGAAUUCCUAGAGAAGGCCCGUGAACAUCGGGAUUCCGGGAGACUCGCCUGGGACACAUAUCUAAAGAGCCCCAUUCUGCGGGUCUCAAGAUACCUCCUACUACUGAGAUCUGUACGUCGAAGGACAGCCGAGGAUAACGAAGACUUGCCGGAUUUGACUCAGGCAAUCAUUCUCUUGGAAGCCCUUCAGGCCGAUUGCGGGAAGACCUUCGAGCGCAUGCAAAAGAGAGUCGAGCUGCAGGAAUUAAUUUCCAUGCUUGAUUAUGAUCAUUCGGCACAGCUGGACAUGGCCAACUUCGAUAUUCGGUUGCGCGAACGAAGCCGAGAAAUUAUAUUCCAGGGACAACUUCGACAACGGGAGACCAGAGGACGCUUGGAGCGUCUGACCAAACAGCCUUGGACGGAGCAGCAUGGAAUCCUACUCGACAACUAUUUUAUAUUGACGACACCAAUCUUGUGGACAACGCAAGCUGUAACCAGGAAGUUUAAGGGGCCCUUAUCAUUUAUGGCCAGAAGCUCACCCACAUUCAAUGUGAAAGGCUAUCAGAUCUCCGAAGCUCCCAUCCCCAUCCACCUUUUGGACUUGGAAGCAGACAUCGAAAUCAACCACUCAUCUUUGUCAACAGGAAUACUUGACUCCAAAAAACUCCCUCCAAUUAAGGUCAGACAUCUUGGAAAGAACAAAGUUUAUAAUCUUUAUGCACUUUCUCCAGAGGAUUAUCUUAAAUGGAAGCAGAAGAUCAUUGAAGCCAAGACGAAAUACGCGUCUUCGCUGGUUUCUUUGAACCAAGAGCCCUAUAAACUGAAUCCCGUGUUGAAUUCGGUAUUUGAAUACUCACGAAACGGGUUGAAGCCCUCUCUUGGAGGUGUUGUUGCACCAGGAACCGCUCUUGACCGUGCUAUGAAGGAUGCUCGUACAAGAAGCUUGCACCCUACAGCUUCAUACCCGAAGGUACACACCGCAAACGUCAAUUGCGCUGUUACGAUCAACCUCAAAGGCCUUUUGGACAUUCUACUGAUUGGAACGGAUGACGGAGUCUUCAUCUUAGGGUCCGAUUCCACAUUAUGGGGAGCGAAAAAGAUACUUCCAGGACAUGAAGUGACCCAGAUACAUGUCUUCGAGGAACAUGAAAUUCUGAUUUUUCUCGCGGAUAACAAGCUGUUUGCACAAGCAUUGCAUGGAUCGGGGCUUCCAUUUGAGGUGUUUGUCUCCGAAGCCGUCACAUCCUUCGCCGACCGGGUACCCCGUAUUAUAUCGCGCGGAGAUCAUAUCGAAAUUUUCACCGCUGGACACGAGGAUGGAAAGCCAAUGAUGAUAUACAGAAGCUCGAUAUACAGCAAGGGUGUCGAGCUCCAGCGCUUCAAUACUCUCGUGGCGAUUGACGGGGUAGCAGAUAUUUUCGAUGUUGUUCCACUUGAGCCGCCUCGGGUCAUUGUUUGGGAAAAACAAAAAGUUCCUCUCGGCCGCCACUGUUUCAUAAACACAUCGCUGCCCGAGGUUGAGAUUGAAGAAUCUCGUCGUACCCGAAUCCCUCGCAUCCCUAAAUUACUCAAAAUCAGCCACAUAGGAUCUUCGUUUGUACGGAUGACCCCAGAACGAAUCGACAAAACUUCCGCUUGUUCUGAAUUCGAAGCUCCAUUCACAGAUCUAUACACAGGCGGCCCCACUGAUAUUUGUCAGCUUGGAGACUUAGUUGGACGCGAUUCACGACCGCUAGGAAUGUUUGAACUCACCGACAGACAAUCACGUCUUGCUGGACGCCCGUACCUUGCUGUCUAUGAAUCCAUUGCCAUAUACAUUGAUACUUCCUUCAAUUUGUCGCAGAAGGAGCCCAUCCUGUUUGAGUGCAUUGCGGAUAGCGCCUGUGUCGAUGGGAGAUUUCUCAUCCUUUUCCACAAAGAACUUGUUGAGGUUUAUGACGUGGUGGACGGGAGUCUGCGGCAGGUCAUCCCUGGCCGUCAAAUCAAGUGCCUGACUGCCGACAGUGGUUGCUACAGAUAUAAAGAUGAUCCGAACGCACCUCGCGAUCUGGAUGCUGCACAAAGCUCAUUCCACCAAGGUCAAGGCCGCGGAUCUCGACAUCAGACCGUCAAGUUUGCCAUGCAGCAUCCGGAGUGCGAAAGUCGGCAAAUCAUUUUUGAGCUGAUUCUAAACCCCGAAGCAGAGGAAUUCGACUAG